AUGUUCGGGUGGGAAAAAAGCCAGCUCCAGCGGCUGCCGCCGGUUCCUUUUCCAUGCUCCUUCAAAGUUGAAGAACCUGUUGAGGUUUACCAUGAUAAGGAAUUCAAAAACAGGAGAUGGCACUUCCAAUCCUACAACUUCACAGUGUCACUCGUCUGGGCUCCUUUCCUCAUCAAAUCUGAUGUUUUUGAGAAUGAGAAUGGUGUAUCGACCUCUGAAAUCCAGCUCCACCUUGACAUUCUUGAUGCUAGCUGGACAAGUCAGUAUGAGAGUUUUGAUUAUAUUAUUAUUUCCGGCGGACAAUGGUUUCUUAAGAGAGCAGUCUACUGGGAAAAUGGUGCAGUAGUGGGCUGUCAUUAUUGUCAAAACAAGAACCUGAUUGAACUUGGCUUUGAGCACCUGUAUCGUAAGACUCUGCAAAAGGUUUUCAGCUUCAUCAUUUCAUCAAAACACAAACCAGUUAUAUUCUUCAGGACCUGGUCGACAGAUCACUUCGAGAAUGGUGAGUGGUUCAAUGGAGGAUCUUGUAAUAGGGUGGCGCCAUACAAGAAGAGAGAGUACCGGGAGGGGUACAAUGAACGUGUCAUGAGGGGAACCGAACUUAAAGAGUUUAACAAGGCUGAAGCUACAUUGAGAGGUUCUAGGGAUUUGAAGAGACUGAAGCUCAUGGAUACUUACGGCCUCUCUUACUUGAGACCAGACGGCCAUGUUGGGCCUUACCGAACACCCUAUCCAUUCGCAAAGGACAGAAAAAAUGCUGUAUCCGUUCAGAACGAUUGUUUGCACUGGUGUGUGCCAGGGCCUAUUGAUGUGUGGAAUGAUCUUGUUAUGAAGAUGGCACUGGAUUGAUGAACUGUCUGGAUUUUAGAGGUGUGUUCUUCGGUCAUAAUACCACGUUGUAGAGUUUACCGGAUGCAGAAUCAGGUUCCCGCCUGCAUGGUACUUCACAGCAUCAAAGUGGAGAGGACAAGGCAGUAAAUUGCUUAUACUGGUAAAAGUGUGUAUGUUUUUGGUUUAAAGAUACUGGUUUGUAGCAACAAAUAGCUAAGUGGUUAACCCAGUAUAUGCGUAUUUGCAAUCUGCAAGAUGUUUAUGUUGUUUCCAUGUUGUAAAUUGGGCUUCUGCUGCCGGUUAUUUUCAGUGGCCUUUUAUGGAAGUAAUCCUUGUUCUGGCAAAAA